CGAAGCCUUGGGCCGCCGGCCUUCCCUUUCCACCCGGUGCCGAGACGCCGCGCGGAGCCCCGAGGUUUGCCCGGAGCCCAAGGCGUGGGGGGAGGGGACGGGGAGCGACCGGAGCCCCGAGGUGACCCCGAGCUGCCGAAUUUCCCUUGGCCUCGAGGAGCGGAGGACGCACUCAAACAAGGUGAACUUUGGUCGCGGAGAACUCCAGGUGCCGGGAUCCGCGCCGCGGCGGUCGGGACCAGGCGCAGGCUGCGCGCCGGGCUGGGGAGCGGGAGCCCCGCGGCCUCCCUCCGCCCGCGCCCGGGGCGGCCUCGGCCCGGAGACCCCCGGCCUCGCUCCGGCUCCGCGGCCCCCGGGACCAGCCGCAGCAACCUACCCUUGUUUCUUCCCCCUCCCCCUUCGGGGGUGGGGGUGGGGCGGGGGAGAGGGGCGCCCGGAGAGCGCAUCUAUUGGCAGCUUUGUUAUUGAUCAGAAACUGCUCGCCGCCAACUUGGCUUCGAGGCUGGCUUCGCGCGACCCUUGAGUGUUCGCCUCUGUCCUGUCCCCCGAACUGACAGGUGCUCCCAGCAACUUGCUGGUGACUUCUCGCCGCUCCCCCGGCUCCCCCGCGUCCCCACCCCCUCUUUCCUCCCUCGUCUUCACCCCCACCCCCACCACUUCGGCACAGCUCAGGAUUUGUUUAAACCUUGGGAAACUGGUUCAGAUCCAGGUUUUGCUUUGAUCCUUUUCAAAAACUGGAGACACAGAAGAGGGCUCUAGGAAAAAGUUUUGGAUGGGAUUAUGUGGAAACUACCCUGCGAUUCUCUGCUGCCAGAGCAGGCUCGGCGCUUCCACCCCACUGCAGCCUUCCCCUGGCGGUGGUGAAAGAGACUCAGGAGUCGCUGCUUCCAAAGUGCCCGCCGUGAGUGAGUUCUCGCCCCAGUCAGCCAAAUGCUCCUCUUCGGGCUUCUCCUGCUGACAUCUGCCCUGGCCGGCCAGAGACACAGGACUCAGGCUGAGUCCAACCUGAGUAGUAAAUUCCAGUACUCCAGCAACAAGGAACAGAACGGGAGGAACUAUACCCAAGCAUCUGGACUGGCAUAGAAAAGAGGAGAAAGAACAUUUAAAAGGAGUACAAGAUCCCCAGCAUGAGAGAAUCAUUACUGUGUCUACUAAUGGAAGUAUUCACAGCCCAAGAUUUCCUCAUACUUACCCAAGAAAUAUGGUCUUGGUAUGGAGACUGGUAGCAGCAGAGGAAAAUGUAUGGAUACAACUUACAUUUGAUGAAAGAUUUGGGCUUGAAGACCCAGAAGAUGACAUAUGCAAGUAUGACUUUGUAGAAGUUGAAGAACCCAGUGAUGGAACUAUAUUAGGGCGCUGGUGUGGUUCUGGAACUGUGCCAGGAAAACAGAUUUCUAAAGGAAAUCAAAUCAGGAUAAGAUUUGUAUCUGAUGAAUAUUUUCCUUCUGAACCCGGGUUCUGCAUCCACUACAACAUUGUUGUGCCACAAUUCACAGAAGCUGUGAGCCCGUCCAUGUUACCGCCUUCAGCUUUGCCACUGGAUCUGCUUAAUAACGCUGUCACUGCCUUCAGUACCUUGGAAGAUCUCAUUCGGUAUCUUGAACCAGACAGGUGGCAGUUGGACUUGGAAGAUCUAUAUAGGCCAACCUGGCAACUUCUUGGCAAGGCGUUUGUUUUUGGAAGAAAGUCCAGAGUGGUGGACCUGAACCUGCUAAAGGAGGAGGUACGACUCUACAGCUGCACACCGCGUAACUUCUCAGUGUCCAUAAGGGAAGAGCUAAAGAGAACCGACAGCAUUUUCUGGCCAGGUUGUCUCCUGGUUAAACGCUGUGGUGGGAACUGUGCCUGCUGUCCCCACAAUUGCAAGGAGUGUCAAUGUGUCCCAAGCAAAGUCACGAAAAAAUAUCAUGAGGUCCUUCAGUUGAGACCAAAGAGCGGUGUGCGGGGAUUGCAUAAAUCUCUCACAGACGUGGCCCUGGAGCACCACGAGGAGUGUGACUGUGUGUGCAGAGGGCACACAGGAGGAUAACCGCGUCCGCCGGUGCAGCCUCGCCCAGAGCGGUGCAGCUCCGUGGCUCAUCUGUUCUAGAACUUGUGCAUUAUCUCCCAACCGUAAUCUCAGUUGUUUGCUUCAGGGACCUUUCAUCUUCAGGAUUUACGGAGUGUUCCAAAAGAGGAGACACCAAACGAAAUUGGAAGUUGUGCAACAGUUCUGUUGAGAGGAGGCCCGAAAGACAGGAGAAAAGGUCUUUGGUCGCAGAAACAAAAUGAAAUGUUGUCCAUCACUAGCUAGUUAUAAAGUUGCCAUGUCCUUACUCAGCUAGCUGUGUUGUUUAUCAGCUGUCUCCCCAUGGCUUAGGCUAAUGUCAGUACAGGAAAGAACUGUGCACACAAGAGUGGCUGAUUCUGUUGCCUUGCUUAACUCUCAAGCUCCGUGUUCUGGGCCUCAAAUCGCAGAAACCUGGAAUUGUUUCCUUAGAUCCACAUAUAUAAACCAGAGUGCUCUAUGUUCUACAAACGUGGUUCUUAAAAAAGAACUCUGUUGCUAUGAAUCAAACUUGUGUCAUGCUGAUAGGAAAGACUGGAUUUUCCAUAUUUCUUACUAAAAUUGCUACCAUUUAGAAGAAGAGAACUACAUUCAUGGUUUGGAAGAGACAAACCUGAAAAGAAGAGUGGCCUUAUCUUCACUUUAUCUAUAAGUUGGUUUAUUUGUUUUAUUGUGUACAUUUUUAUAUUCUCCUUUUGACAUUAUAACUGUUUGCUUUUCUAAUCUUGUUAAAUAUAUCUAUUUUUACCAAAGGUAUUUAAUAUUCUUUUUUAUGACAACCUAGAUCAACUAUUUUUAGCGUGGUAAAUUUUUCUAAACAGAAUUGUUAUAGCCAGAGGAGCAAAGAUGAUAUAAAAUAUUGUUGCUCUGACAAAAAUACAUGUAUUUCAUUCUCAUACGGUGCUAGAGCUUAGAUUAAUCUGCAUUUUAAAAUACUGAAGUGGGAAAUCAAUAGAAUUCGAUAAGUCACAAAGACUUUUUGAAAAUAAAUGAUCAUAUCUUCUACCCCUGUUAUUGGAAAUGCAAAUAAAAAGCAACAUACAAACAUAGGCAUUCAGAUACAGUCGUGAGUAAACCCUAGCCCUUCCUUUGGGAAGUGUGAGCCUAGCUCAGAAGAAAAAAAGCACCUUGAAAAGAGACUGGACAGCUCACUGAUAAAGCAUACCCUGCUGUCCUGUAGGAACACAUCCUAUUUAUUGUGAUGGUCUGGUUUUAUUAUCUUUAAACUCUGUUCCAUACCCUGUAUAAAUCCAUGGAUAUUUUUAUGUACAGAAGUAUAUCCUUUAACCCAUUCACUUAUUGUACUCUCUGGCAACUGAAAUGAAAAUCAGUAAAAUACUUUGCUUGUACAAUGCUUAAUAUUGUGCCUAGGUUAUGCAGUGACUAUUUGAAUUAAAAAUGUAUUGAAUCACCAAAUAAAAAAAAAAAUGUGGCUAUUUUGGGGAGAAACAGAGCGUGUGUGUAUGUGUGCGCAUGCGCAGGCAUGAGCGCCCAAGAUUUGUCUCUUGAGCUCCAAGACCAUGAAAGAGAUCGAGUUUCAUGUUAACCGUGAUUUCCAUCAUGCAAGGGUCUGUCAGUUCAAAAGACAGGUAGAAAAGCGCCCAAGUUUCCCUGUCUCUUGUCUCCGGUGUUUCGGAGCGGUUUUCUUUUUCUCACUGGUAUCUGGUAAAUUAAAUUGCACCUGACUUGCAAGUUUCAUGUGAUUUUAUGAAAUGCUUAGCAAUCGAUUAUACGGCAGUAUGAAACAAACAAACAAAAAUCUUGUAACUUCCCCCCAUCUUCAUUUUCAGUGGUCGAUAUUAAGUGGGAUGAGCAUGAAUGGAUGGGACACACAGACUAAAGGUACCUCCACAGCCCGCUUCAAGGGUGUGGCUGCUCACCUUCAGGGCGUAUUUCCAUUCCAGGCUUGUGUGUUAACCUCUGCCUUUCUGCCUGGCCCAGAAGGCUGGCGCCCAGGGCCCUGCUGUCUUCAGACUCCUCCUCUAGGUCUGGGCAGUCCCCUUUCUGGGCAUUUUCCCACCCAGCCGUCCUACCCUAUGCCCAGCCACCUGGGGAACAAAUAAAUACGUAUACACAUGCCGUCUUACUGACUCACCUUUGCAUGGUUCUGUCCCAGCCCCGGAGAGGCGUACUGGACGUAGCUUCAUUGAGCUCCGCUGAAAACCCAGCGCAGGGUGUCUCCCUCUUGGUGGUUUACAACUCGCAUUAGCAUAGCAGAGACUCUACUAAAUCUGGCUGUAAAUGACCCGUGUAACUGCGUGAUGCGGCGCCUCCAGCCACUGAACGGAACCCCUUUCCUUCUUCUUUUUGAGUAUUUAUUUUUUGCUUACUUAAGAUGUGAAAAGCCAAAACAAAUUGCUUUGUGAAGGUAGCCCCACAUGCUGGCGCCAGUGAGCAGGAAGAGGGUGAGGGCUCACGGCUUCAUGCUUAUUCACACGAAGACCUUGUAUAUUUGACUUGAAAUAAAAAAGUCAGCCCAGGUUUUAAUGGCACAGGUGACCAUAGUUUUCAGAAUCCCCAAAAAAUAUUGUCCAUAUUGACCACCACUGUGUUCUAUGUGAUAUCUUUGAUUUGUGCCCUUUGUCCCUUGCGAUGGACUGUUUUGCCACCCUGUGGUUUUUGAAAUAAAGACCAAACCUUAAUUGGCACAA